AUGAGCAUAUGCAAACAAGGUGAGCUCAGUCCAGGCUUCUCUGUUGGCCGCAGUGAAAACAGGAUGCUGGAACCUAGGGACAUUUGGUGUGAUCUCACAGGGAUCCACCCCUAUCGUUCAGCCCGGACACUGAGGUCCAGCUCUGAGGACCUUCUGGAAGUUCCCUCACUGCGAGAAGUGAGAUUACAGGGAACCAGGCAGAGGGCCUUCUUGGUAGUGGUGCCCGCCCUGUGGAACGCCCUCCCAUCAGAUGUCAAGGAAAUAAACAACUAUCUGACUUUUAGAAGACAUCUGAAGGCGAUCCUGUUUAGGGAAGUUUUUAAUGUUUGAUGUUUUAUUAUGUUUUUAAUAUUCUGUUGGGAGCCGCCCAGAGUGGCUGGGGAAACCCAGCCAGAUGGGCUGGGUAUAAAUAAUAAAGCACAGUGGUACCUCGGGUUACAGAUGCUUCAGGUUACAGAUGCUUCAGGUUACAAACUGUUCUGGGAGAUGGAGGGUCUGGAAUGCUUUCAGCUGGGUGUUGUUCUGGCUCUCUCAUGAUUUCCCACCUUUCCCCCUCAUCUGCCUCUGAGCUGCUCAAACCCAUGUUGUAAAUCUAUACUGUCUUCCUCUUCCUCCUCCCUGGAAGAGUCACCAUUCCUCCUCUGCCCAGUCCUUAACAAUUACCGGUAGUUUUCUUUAACAGUGGAAGCAGGUUUUCAGAUUAUACACAAACUCUUCUUCAGACUUCGAUUAUGAGAGCAAAAAAAUUAAACAGUCUAACUAGAAACAACUGGGUAGUCAGGCUGAUGGUUACUUGGUUGCAGAAGUUUACUGGCUAUUGCUGUUGGCAUGGAAAUAGUCUAGGCUGAAUGCAAACAUGCCAUUCUGAUGUCAUGUGUGAUGUCACAAAGAGCAUAUGCUUUAAGUCUUGGUAAAACCAGAAACAGUUAACAGUCAGACUGCAUCUCAGCACUGUCAAGACGGAUCUCCAUAACAGGUGAUGAAUAGUUUUAUUUGGGGGAUAUAUUAACUUUUACUAUUGGGGAAAAGUUUUAGAUUGGUUUACCAUUUUGUAACUCAUCAAGUUGAGGCCAAUAGAUACACAUUCACAACCCUGUACCCAUCAAAUAAUCAACUUUAUGUGUGACUUUGGGACUGAUUCACACAACCACAUUUCCUUUCUGCACUCUAUAGCAGCCUUUUCUCUGUAUUUGAAAAAAAAUAGCCAAGAAGGAGAAGAUAAGUAACCAGGAAAAAGAUCUAGAUAAGUAUGGUAAGGAUCUAAGCUUUACAAGUGAGGGGGCUAGGAUGAUGGCUUUGUGGUCCAGCAUGUCCUGCUGGGGAUACUGGACCAGCAGAUCCUCGACUCAUUAAUGCCUCCUGUUUAGUAUACCUCCCAUUUCCUCUCUCUGUCUUCCCCACCUAUCCUGACUCCAUGCUAGACUGGCAUUCCCAAAUGCCAGUCCCAGUAGUGCGGACUAGUUGAAAAAUGUGAGACCCAAACAACGAUUUCACAUUUAUUGUUGCAAGGAGAGGGAACAAAUGUCUUUUUUCCCUCUUGCACUAAUGUUCUUGCUGAUGCAAUAAACAUCUGAAUGGGGCCAUCACAGUUCUGUUGCUGAAUAUAAGAAGAACAGGCUCUAAUUCCCACAUAUAAGUCUCCCUAUGCUCUUUAGGUAGAAUGUAAGCUUAUUAAAUGCAUACUUGACAUGCAGCGGUAGUGGGAGGCCCCAUUAGCUAAAGUGGUACCUCAAGUUAAGAACAGUUUCAGGUUAAGAACGGACCUCCAGAAUGAAUUAAGUUCUUAACCCGAGGUACCACUGUAUUAGUAUUAGUAUUAGUAUUAGUACCCCACCCAUCUGACUGGGUUGCCGCAGCCACUCUGGGCAGCUUCUGACAUUACCAUACUUUUCUGUGUAUAAAACUAGGUUUUUUUCUUUAAAAAUUAAGCUAAAAAAGGGGGGGUCGUCUUAUACAUGGAUAGUGCAUACCACAAAUUUCUUAAAUUUGAGUCUCCCAAAAUUGGGGGCAUCUUAUACAUGGAGCGUCUUAUAUACAGAAAAAUAUGUUAUAUAAAAACAUAAUAAAACAUUAAAUGAGAGAUGAUUCAAACCAUAGAACCACCUCUUUUGCCAGGCUUGAAUGCACUCCUCUGCCUGGUUAUACGGCAUAUUCUUUUCCUCUGCAGCAGCCUGUUUUCUGUUGGUUUUAAAAAGCCAAGGGAGCGUUUGUUCUUUUUGGGUAAAGGGAUUUGCAAAACAUCUCCGGUUGGCAAGAUGGUAUCAACAUUUCAGAAUAUGCCUGAGCACUUGCGGGGUUUUGUGGGGGAAUGGCAGGCUGUGCACUGCGUGGUGCUUUUGCACACAUUUGCAGGCACUCAUAUGGGUGCGCACUAAGACAAGAUGCAUCCAACCCACAGAGAUUUAACACUGAGAGUCCCCAGAGAAGCAAGUCAGCUGGAUUCUGGAUCAGAACGCUACCAACUAACACGAAACAUGGAAAGCCACCUUUCGAAGAAAAGAGGGGCAGGGAGAUCAAGAUUUUGCAGGGAUAGGAGCUGCUCAACAGGGAUAGUCCCUGGUCAACAGGGAUGGUUGGCACACAUGCAACAGUUCUAUUUGAAAGACAGAUACAAUAUAUUGAUGCUGAGCCAGUAACUGCACAUGUUGCCAAAAUACAUCUGAGCAGAAUCCAAUGUGAGGGAAUUAAAGAGAGCAGGCAGCUGCCUGGUGGGGCACACCAGAAGGAACACUGCCUUACCUGGAAAUGCCAGGGAUUCAGCCUGAGACCUUCUGCAAGCAGAGCGGAUGCUCUCCCACUGACUCACAGCCCCUUCCCAUCAUGCCAGCAGCAGCUCUGGUGCUGUUUCUCACAAGGCCAGCUCCUGAUGCAAACUGGGGCUUCGCUCCAGACAUGGCAGGAAUUGUGAGGCUGCACUGUCAAGGGCUAACAGCACGAUCAGGCCAUGCGCAGGUUAGAGGGAAGAUGCAAGACUGAAAUGCAGUUAAGUUCCUUUUUUAGAGGGUGCUGCACUUUUGGAUCCUUAUGCUGUCCCGCCACUUUGUGAGGCUGAGACAAGUGGUAUCAAAGGACUCGUGGCUGUUGUGUCCUUCUCACUAGUAAGUUUAAAAAAUGAUUGAUAACCCAGGGUUAUUAAAGCACGUCAGUACUUUUUCAGGGGAUGGGGGAAGUGGUUGGUGGAGCUUCCUGUGGGCCCUGCCCCUUUUGCACCUUGAUGCUGACCUUUAAAGCCCUAAACAGCCUCGGUCCUGUAUACCUGAAGGAGCGUCUCCACCCCCAUCGUUCAGCCCGGACACUGAGAUCCAGUGCCGAGGGCCUUCUGGUGGUUCCCUCAUUGCGAGAAGUGAGGUUACAGGGAACCAGAAAGAGGGCCUUCUUGGUAGUGGCGCCCACCCUGUGGAACACCCUCCCUUCAGAUGUGAAGGAAAUAAGUAGCCAUCCUAUCUUUAAAAGACAUCUGAAGGCAGCCCUGUUCAGGGAAGUUUUUAAUAUUUAACGCUGUACUGUUUUAACACUUGAUUGGGAGCUGCCCAGAGUGGCUGGGGAAACUCAGCCAGAUGGGCGGGGUAUAAAUAAUAAAUUACUAUUAUUAUUAUUAUUAUUAUUAUUAUUAUUACCCCAGGCACGGCAACUGAUGCUACACCACUGCCUACAAGUAAACGUCACAGGAGAGGCUGAACUCAUACAUUGCAACCAGGCCUUUACUUUCAGCAUAUGGAGAACAUAAAGACUUUGUAGGUGUGUGUAAAAUGUGAAAGCUUUGCACCGAAAUUCAAGUAGACUCAGUACCCUUUCACAAAAAUAAUUGAUUGCUCAAUUAUUUGGUAUACACUUGGUAUGCAUUAGCAAACAAGGAAGCUGAACUGCUGAUUAAUUGUGCGGCAUUGUCUCAAUUGUGCAGCUGCCAAUUGUGGCCAAGAAAAGCAACCUGAUGCCUCAUGGAUUAUACAGAAUGAAAGGUCAGCCCUUACCACAAACAGCAGGAGGCAAAUGAGGAGCCAGUCACAAGCUUGUAGGUGGGCUGGAAAUUCUUCUGAUUUGUUGGGGUAACAGGUAAAUAUUUCUUUAGCCCUUAUGCAUUCCAUAUUUCCCAUACGGCAUCAUCUCCCCCUCCAAGAAAGAUCACUGCGCUGGCAAUUUGCCAAUUAAUUGACAUGUCACCGAUUCAAAGCUGGAAUUCCUUUGCAUAUUCCUCUAGCAGAGGCCAUACAUAAUGUUAAUCAAAGAACAAGUGGGAAAUGCAACGAAGAAUGUGGUGUGCUGCUGUUCACUAUCAGCCAGGCCCACCCCCCGUAACAGUCCAUUCCAUUCCAGGGAUGUGGGUGGCACUGUGGUCUAAACCACUGAGCCUCUUGGGCUUGCCAAUCGGAAGGUUGAUGACUCGAUUCCCCAUGACGGGGUGAGCUCCAGUUGCUCUGUCCCAGCUCUCGCCAACCUAGCAGUUCGAAAGCACACCACUGAACGUACACAAACAGAUACUGCUGUGGCUGGAAGGUAAACAACAUUUCUGUGCGCUCUGGUUUCUGUCACGAUGUUCCGUUGCACUAGAAGCGGUUUAGUCCUGCUGACCACAUGACCUGGAAAGCUUUCUGUGGACAAACACCGGCUCCCUUGGCCUAAAAGCAAGAUGAGUGCCGCAACCCCAUAGUCGCCUUUGACUGGACUUAACUGUCCAGGGGUCUUUUACUUUUACCUAUUCCAUUCCCCCCUCAUUCAUUAUGACCCAUCACUCUGCACAGCACCACCACCAAACGACCCAUCAGCAUUCUGUGUCUAUAAAUUAUGCUGAAUUCUUAGUGGGUUUUUUGAGGGGUUCACUGCAUUUUGGGUCACCCCUUGAACAUUAUUUCAUAUUUCCACAAAUCUUGGGGUUUCUGAGUCUGUGGGUACUAGUGCUGUGACAAAAAACAAACAAAACCUCCCACAUUUGUUGUUUUGACCAUUAUUCAUCAGUAAAUGAGACAAAUUGAAUUCAAAAAUUAUCAAGGUGUGUGUGGGAAAUGGUGACCUCUUGUUGAUGGGGUGCUUACCUAACUUUUGUGGUGUUCUGAGUUUGUACCUCAAUAUGUGGUUUAUUGUUUCACCUCUACCCAAACAAAAGUUUGCUACCGCUUGAAGCAGGUGCAAUGCUGUCCGCAGUGCUAAGGUUAAGCAAGGUAAAGCAGCAAUGCUCCCCCUUCCUGAAAAUUUUGGAAAACUCUUUUCCGCCCCACUUAUAAUUUUUUUUCUUGGAGGGGUGUGAGUUUUUAUUUCACCCUGCUCUAGCCUACUCAAUGCAUUGCCACAAAAGACAUUUCCACCACAGCUCUAAUUUUACCUGCUUUCUCUGGCUUUGGAAAGCCAUUGUUGUUUGCUAUUGAUUUGUCUCUUUUUCAUGUUUGCUUUAAGGUGCCCUGGAGUUUUUUGUUUGUUUGUUUUUUAAGGAGAGGUAUAAAGAGUUGAAAUAAAAAAUAAAUAACUACUGCACUACUCCAGCCUUCUCUCUCUCUCCCUCCCUCCUUUCUGUGCAUGUGUGUGUGUGUGUGCACAUAUGCACACACCCCGUAUCCUGCAAUUUGAGCUAUGUUAUUACCAAUGCAGUUAAAAACUGCUAAUCCAGGCAUGAAUUGUUCUAAGGAGUGCUUUUCUUCAAAACAAGCAUAUAUCAUCCGACUUGAACUAUCCAUUGUCAUCCUCCUUAGACAUGAGAUGCUACAGGCUUACUAUGUCAGAGAGACAAUUUCUGCCUAA